GCUAUACCGCCGUGUUUGGCCUUUGUUAUUCCAAUUCAUAUUCGCACAUCUCCUUAAGUCUGCACGUAGACAUGCCUCACAGAAGAGACGACCCGCGAUAUCUCGUCUUCCGCCAUGCUCGUCGCUGUCGACAGGCUGCGGCUGGGAUUGAGCCUCGCCUGAAACCGGGAGAGGAACAUCUCCAUGCUUUUCUUAUGCCUGGUCUGCCUGGGGGAGGACAUACAGUACAUGUCGAGCAGGAGGUCGUGGCCAACAACACAGCCCGGAAUCUAGUAACCGAGCAGCGUUUCUAUGUUGACUCCCCGCAAUUUAACCUGCCUGAAGGCGAGGUACACUCGGUAUAUCCUCCAUCAGGUCACGAGGAGCGUGCCGAGUGUUUGCCACAUGUCGUGUUAAAGACCCCAACUCUCCCGUGGGAGUGGACGGCCAGCAAAAUCACCGACGUGCCCGAUUAUAAGGGUAACCGCAAUCGAGUCCCAUGGCUUGCUGUACUGGUGUUUACAAAGGAGGAAUUGCAGCUUGUAUCAGAAGAUCUGAGAGGAGACAAGAGCGUGUUUCAAAAUAUCCCAGCUUUGAAAAAUAGUGCCACUCAAACUGCGACGCUUACCGUCAACAUGCGAGUGAAAGACAUUAAAAACUUACACCACACAACAAGUCCAAUCACUGAUCCGGACCAAGCACCAGAAACCGAUUCGGACGUCUCUACAGACGUAAUCUUCGUCUCAAAGGCUUUGUUUAAUGCUCUCUUCUCAGAAGAUGAUGCGGAGGGAGAGUCCAUCUCAGCGAGCCAUCCCAACGUACGGCCUUAUCGAUUCCUUGCCCAUCGGCGUGAUAUAAACACCGAUGGCAUGGCGGUUGCCGCCCUCACAGCUGAUGACAAUGACCAAGCCUCCUACGGUGUCGUAUUUUCCCAUCGCACGGGUCCUGUCAAUAUCACGGAACCGACGGCAUGCAUUGCCCACCUCGUCUCCAUUCGCGGCGUGGAAGGCAUGUCCUGGCCGGCCAGUGAUGAGCAAUUUGUGGCUCUCUCCAGCCUCCAUAGCUGGACCUACACGGGGCUCCCACCAGACACACCCAGUGUUUGGGAUCUAUUCAACGCUCUGGGUCAAUCCAGCUCCAUGCUCCAACCUCCCGUCACCAAAAAUGAUCUCGAUCCGGAUGCUCCUGCAGAUUUAAAGGAGCGCGUCACGCAGCGUUUAGGCAAUGGGUACACACUGACUCGUUAUCGAACCCAAACAGGCGAGUCUACAGCUUGCUUUUUUCGCGGGCCCUUUAUCCCCGUACAGAUUCCAUUAUCCGAUUCUCAGCGCUGGCGCUCGCUCUCCACCUCGGGGCAGGAUCUCCAGAUACUCGACCAGAAAUUAGGGUUGAUCGAUAUCACAUACUCGGCCGCAUGGCAGCUAGGGCGAACAUUGGCUAUCGCCGACCAAGAAUUUAUCACCCGUAUCGGUCUAGUCCGCAAGCAUAUCUAUGACCGUGGGAUGGAGUUGAACCAACAGCAAGCCCUAAGGCCCCAUGGGGUGCGAUCCCGUCCUGAGCUGCUUAGCAACCUCCCCUUAAUUGUGUCUAGAUUACACCAACUGCCCCAAACCAGGGAGAUAGAUACAGACCAAGCGAAUGUGCACACAAAACGCUGGUUCCGGCCUCCUGUUGAGCCUGUAGACCUUUCAUAUCGAGGUCGAAAGGCAAAAAUUGCUUCCAUCAAUGAGAAAUCCGUCGAGGAGCACUUCGUUGAGGCAGCAAAAGAGAUCUCUAGCGCUGCCAAGGCGGACGGAGACCCGUCUGACGUCCCCUACAACGAGUUCAACAUCCCUUAUUCACCGGACUGGAUGGCGGUGCUCAAAUGGGUGAUGAAUCGUCUUUUCUUAGCCACAAUACCUCCUCAUUAUCUGAUUCCAGAGUCUAGUUCUUUGCCAUUGGAGUCAGUGCGUUUCUUCCGCAUCGACCACCAUUGGAUGGACGCUCUUGUCGAUGGGGCCCUCAGCCUGGCGAAUUACCGCGAUCAGAAAACCGACUUGGUCCGCGAUGCGAUCUGGGCCGCUAUCAAGCGGUAUCGUGAAACCAAAAUCCCUGAUCUUGGGGAUUGCUUGCCUCCUGUUCCUGAGUAUGGCUGUUACAUUCGCUCUACACUCCUCACCAAGUUCCCUGAUCUCCGGGUGGAAUUGGAUCCACCACAGGCACCUCCAAAACCACUCGUUCUUCUCAGACAUGAGAUCGUGAGUCCAGACACUAUGCUCUGUCUGUUCAGUCACCAACCGGGGUCUGAAUUUUUCAAGGGUAUGUCUUUGAUUCAACCCCCGCACCAGCAGACAUUCGUGGCGGCAACAGAUCUGGACCAAAGGACGAUUAAAAUGUCAUACAAAAAGGCGUACACUGUGCAUGUGGACAAACCAGAUGGUGAGCCUCUCGAUGCAACCAAGGAAUGGACUAGGCCCCAGACCGCUUCGGUGGUCCCUGUGUACCGCUGGGACUCGUCUGGUGUUGAGGUUCGUCGACUGUUGAUGGAGAACUUAUCAAAGGACUACCUCGACACCCUUUUGGACAAAAUGCCUGAGAGUCUCUUCAAGGAUGACACACCUACAUCGACCCUCAUGGCCACCCAAUUAGGCUCUGUUUGCUACCAGAUCGUCUUCUCUAUCCCACCGGGGGCUACGACUCCCACCCAUCCAGAAAUAUACAACGUCGGUCGAAUCCAACGACAUCUAUCCAUACCAAACACAAAAUUCAACGCAAAUAUCCCCCCCAGCCCGCUUACCACUACCGCGUAUGCCCGGUAGACUAUCCUAUCACGACACGCAUUCCCAUGCUCCCCAUCGAUCAAGACAUAAUGUUUCUCAUAAACCUCGAGCCAUACACCGAAGGGUCCUACAGGCUCGAGGAAAUACGAAUCACGAUUCCAUUCGGUAAACCGGGAGAGGGAACACCGUGUCUGAUGGAGAAUUACUCAGGUAGUGGUGCCGAGAUGAUCACAAAUGUCCGCUUCAACGUCAUGGUCGAUAUCACGACUAAGAAUGAGCCGCCAAGUAUAGUCUUGCGGCUUGUCCCACGUGUUAGAUCUAAG